AUGAUCACCUCUCUGUUUAUCUUGCCUUUGAUUCUGAGCGCUGCUUCCGCGUUCAAGGCUACAACUACCGCAAGUAUCUCGUGUUGUGAGAUUCUACUGAACUUGCAGCUGACAAGAAGUUCUAGCAUUAUUAUGACGGGCAGGAGGGUGCUUGCGGAUGUGGCUCGAACUCUGGGGGCGCAGCGUCUUGGCAGCAGCGGAGUCUACACAGCUGCCGGCUCUCAGGCUCUCUACGAUACUGCAGGCGCUUCAUGGUGCGGCGCGGGUUGCGGCAAAUGCUAUCAAUUGACCUCAACAGGAGAGGCGCCUUGCUCCACCUGCGGCACAGGCGGUGUUGCUGGCCAGAGCAUCAUCGUCAUGGUCACAAACCUCUGCCCCAACGAUGGAAAUGCGCAGUGGUGCCCAACAGUCGGCGGUACCAACCAGUACGGCUACAGCUACCACUUUGACAUUAUGGCACAGAACCAGGUAUUUGGAGACAACGUGGUUGUUGAUUUCGAGCCUGUCGCCUGCCCGGGUCAGGCUACUUCUGACUGGGAAACCUGUGCCUGUAUUAAUACGCAAGAGACGGAUACCACGCCUGUUGGUCUAUAG